UGCAUCAAGAAUGCAAUUAAAAUUAAAUAUCUUUGUGGUGAAACUUUCCGAAGCAUUUUCAACGUAUGGCUCCCAAGUUGGAAUGGAUGAAUAAGGAUGGGAGGUUAAUAUUAGUAUUUCAUAAUACAAUGAGCUCGAAGUUUUCGUACAUAGUUAAAUAUUUUUUGUAAAUCAUUGUCGUCGCAAUGUAUUGAGAACGAUGAUACGCAUGCGACAGACGGGGCCCG